CGAGAAAGCAGGUGUAUGCAGCAUUCGGCGCUAACCCACGGCGCGGACCAGACGCGUUUUCAGACGAAGCUCAGGCCCCCUCCAAGUGUGCGAUCCUACCGUAAUCGAGACCGAAUCCACAUCCGAGUCCCAGAACAAGCAAAAACCAAAAACCAAAAGCCAAAAACCGAUAACCGAGCACCCAAACAAACAAAACAAAAGCGAAUGCGAAUGCGAAUGCAACCAACACACAAAAACCGAUCCACAAGCAAAGAAAGCAACACACGGGCAAUAACCGUUUAUCAAAAGCGGUUAUCAAACGAUCAACAAGUGACCACACGCGAUUCUGUGUCCUUUUUUUGAGCAUUUUGUUGCCAGUACUUUUCAUUUUUUUUUUUUGAUUACUAUUUUUUUGUCUGUUGAAUCGGUGGAACUACGCGAGUGUGUCCACCACAGAGAUUAAGUGCUGCACUUAGACGGCUGCUGACAGUUAAUUGACCGCGUGCAACUUGCAAUUAACCGCAGUCACUGCGCCUCGUGCCCCGCCCGCCACGUGACUCGUGCCCCUGUCAACCCAUCAUCAGCAACACCAUCGACAUCGACAUCAACAUCGGCAUCGGCAUCAGCAUCAGCAUCAGCAUCAGAGGCAGUCGAAGAAGCAGCAACAGGAACAGUAACGGCUACUGCUACCAGCAGUAAGUGCAACAGUUUUUGAAAGUUGCCUCAGAACGCAGAAGUAGACGCAUCCUGUUCGUUGGCAUUGCAUCGGGAAUUUGGAAUUUGGAAGUGGAACUCGAGUUCGAAUUGGAACAGCGAAAUCGGGCCAACGGCGUGGAAGCACCAACAGCAGCAGCAUGCAACACACUAAUCCAAAAGAGCAGCAGCUGCAGCUGCGGCACCAACAACAGCGCUGCAGACAACAUCCGCGGCAAGGUGGCAAAGAAAUCGGUGCUAAGAAGAUUUGGCUGCCGCUUAUCAUUUUCCUUUCACUGCAGGUUGCUCUGGUCUUGGCGGACGACGUUGAGGUGGUGAAGGCCAUUGCUGGCGGACCCGACGACGACCUGGCCCUCGCCCUAUCCGAGCACGAGAACGAGCUCGACCAGAUGGCCCAGGAGUCGGAGCAGGAGCAGCAGCAGCAGCAGGCUCAGCAGCAGAUGCAAAUGCAGGUCCAGCAGCAGCAGCACCAACAGCAGCAGCAGCAGCCACCUCCACAGUCGGUGCUGGUGCCCAAGGUGCAGGUGCACUACCAGCACAACAUGCCCCCGUCCCCGCCCCAGUUGGGUCUCACACUGCGCAGCAACCACCAGAACAUUCCCCUAAGUUUUGGCCAACCCUUUGGACCUCCGCCGCCGCCUGGAGCCCAGUUCUACAAAGGACCACCCCCACCGCCCCAGCGCCAGUCCCAACAGCAGCAGCAGCAGCAACAGCAACAGCAGCAGCAGCAACAGCAGAUGCCCCAGCAGGUACAGGUGCAGCAGGUGCAGGUGCCCGACCUGAGUGUGGGUGCCUCCAGCAACAACGAAAUCUGGGCCUCGCCCGUGCAGGAUAUGCCCAAGAUCGUGUCGCUGGACGUGAAGUGCGAGAAGAACGGCAUGAAGGUGUUUGUCCAGUUCGACAAGCCCUUCAACGGGAUUGUGUUCUCCAAGGGCCACUACAGCAAUAUGAACUGCGUGCAUCUGCCGUCCGGAUUGGGCCGGACCUCUGCCAGCUUUGACAUCGGGCUGCAUGAGUGCGGCACCGCCGGGAACACGGACAACUACAGCCAGGGCUACGGACACGAUCAGAGUGUUUCUGGGGCGGGGACGGGGGCCGGCACCUACUUCGAGAAUAUCAUUGUAAUCCAGUACGAUCCGCAAGUGCAGGAGGUGUGGGACCAGGCCCGGAAGCUGCGCUGCACGUGGCACGAUCAGUACGAGAAGAGCGUCACUUUCCGGCCCUUCCCCGUCGACAUGCUGGACGUGGUGCGGGCGGACUUUGCGGGCGACAACGUCGGCUGCUGGAUGCAGAUCCAGGUGGGCAAGGGCCCCUGGGCCUCCGAGGUGUCCGGGCUGGUAAAGAUAGGACAGACCAUGACCAUGGUGCUGGCCAUCAAGGACGAUGACUCCAAGUUUGACAUGCUGGUGCGCAACUGUGUCGCCCACGACGGCAAGAGGGCUCCCAUCCAGCUGGUAGAUCAACGGGGCUGCGUGACCAGGCCCAAGCUCAUGUCCCGCUUCACCAAGAUCAAGAACUUCGGGGCCUCUGCCUCAGUGCUGUCUUACGCCCACUUCCAGGCCUUCAAGUUCCCCGACUCCAUGGAGGUGCACUUCCAGUGCACAAUUCAGAUCUGCCGCUACCACUGCCCCGAGCAGUGCUCCUCCGAGACGAACCUCCAGGAUGUCCAUCACCUACAGGUGGGCCCGGAGUCCCAGUAUGGACCACCACCCCCGCAGCUGCAUGUGGAUGCCUACCACGUGGCGAGUGCCAUUGGCAAGAGGCGCGAUGAGCGCAGGGUUCAGCGUCGGGCCCGAGCCGUGGCCGAGCCCCAGGUGGGUCUGAACCGCAUCAUCAAGGUGGUUUCCUCCGGGGAUCUGACCUUUGCCAUUGACGAACAGGGCGGCAACGCCACCAACGCCUCCGGAUCCGGCUCGACUGCGCAGACAAUGGUAUUCCCCGUGCGAGAGGAGGGACUAAUCUGCAUGACCACGCCGGGCUUCGCCAUCACGCUGAUCGUGCUGCUGGGCAUCCUGGUCACCUCCUGUCUCACGUCUGCCAUCCUGUACGUCCGCCUGCGCCCCUUCUCCUCAUUCACCGCCAAGGAGCGGGCCGUUGCCUUCACGAAUCCCCAACUGGCUGCGGCCGCCGCAGCCGGCGCGCUGCCCGUCCUCCAGCUGGCGUCGCCGGCGGAUGUUCAAGGCACUCUCUCCAAGAAGCGGGCGCUGUCAUGAGCUAACCCCAACUGUUGCUAGUUCCGGUUACGGUUCCGGAAACGCAUGCUGGAACGGACACUCGCUUCGAUUCUUGUGCCAGCCAUUGGGAAACUGGUUCCGUUAUGGGUUCCGCUACUGGCUGCGGUACUAGUUCCGAUUGUGCUUCCAGUUCCAGUUCCGGGCCUGGGUACAGUUGCGUCUGCGUCUGCGGCUCUUAAAUUUGUAGCGUACGCUUCGUUAGAUUAAUUUUUGAUACAAAUUAUAUAAACAUUAAAUCAA